AUGGAAAUGUCGGGUGAUUACUUUGGAAGAAAUGAGAUCAACAUUUUCAAUGCGAACCCAAUUCAGAUAGUAUUUGAAGCAACUGUUGGCAAUGGUUAUCGUGGCGAUAUAGCCAUAGACGAUGUGAGCUUUACGCCAAAUUGCAUUUUCUACACAGGAGCAGUUUCAACAGAUGUGGUACCACAUUCAACAACCCCUAACCCGUGUGGAAACAGCAGUGUGCAGUGUGCCAACAACAAACAGUGUGUUCCACUUGCAGAAGUGUGCAACUUUGUCAACUGGUGUUCUGACGGCUCAGAUGAAGCAAACUGCGGCCAGUGUACCUUUGAGCAAGGACUGUGUGGCUGGCAGGACAUAAGCUCCGGAGCUUACCUUUGGCAACUCAAAAAUGGAACCGCUCCAGGCCCUUCAAUGGAUCAUACUGAUAACAACGUGACCGGAAAGUACAUGUUUGUUGACUCUUCAAAGGGAACUUUUGCAGGAAAUGCAGAUCUGUUGUCACCAACAUACGGGAACCUGGCCUCUAACUGCCAGAUAAAUUUUGCCUAUUACACCACAGGUGAUAAUCAAGGCUUUUUACGACUUUACCUCAUAUCUCCUGGAUCUCAGCCAAGAAGCGGUUAUGGCAAAGUCCUCCUUUGGACAGCAGACGUACAAAACUCCACCUGGCAGACGACAAGUGUUGUUCUUGGUGCCCGAGCGCCUGGUUACCAGUUGUUGUUUGAAGCUGUAAAGCGCCUGACAACUGGUGCAAUGGCCAUUGAUGAUGUGAGCUUCUCCAACUGCCAAGUGACUCAUGCAACAACAUGCAACGCUGAUCAGUUUUCUUGCGGCAAUUCUGUCUGCGUAGGUAACAACCUGCUCUGUGACUUCUCUAACGACUGUGGGGAUGGCUCUGAUGAAGCCUCCUGUUCCAACUAUGUGGAAAGGUGCAGUUUUGAGAGAGACAUCUGUAACUGGGUACAAGACGACAGCGAUGAUUUUAACUGGUCAUUAGGCGCUGGAAGUACGGCAACUACGGGAACUGGUCCCAGUUAUGAUCACACUUUUGGAAAUACCACUGGACAUUACAUAUUUAUUGAAUCAUCCUCCCCACAGCAAUUUAAUGAUAAAGCAAGAAUUGUGAGCCCAGUUUUUGUGCGAACCACUACUGGAACCUGCAGAAUGCGAUUCUUCUUCAACAUGUAUGGAGUAAACAUAAAUGCACUAAACAUCUACACUAAGAAUUACGAAUUCGGACCCAUGGUCUUAAUAUGGAACCUUACUGGUCAGCAGCAGGCAUCAUGGCUUAAGGCAGACAUUUCACUUACCAGCAACGAUCCCUUCAGAGUCAUAGUCGAAGCUACUGUAGGAAAUGGUUACCGUGGGGAUAUAGCUAUUGAUGACAUUUCAUUCACUCCUGGCUGUACAUUAAUGUCCACCACUGCCACCCUGCCAGCAAUCUUCACCACUCCAUCAGCCUGUGGUUCUGGAAAGUCGCCUUGCCAAAAUGGUAAAUGCAUUUCAUCAUUGAACUUUUGUAAUUUCCGUGACGAUUGUGGUGACAACAGUGAUGAAGCCAGUUGUCCAGCGCUGACGAAUUUCGAUGUUGGCAAUCGACAAAACUGGAUUAACGAUCCAUCAGCUAAUUUCCAGUGGCAGAUAGGUUCAAAUGGAAACCCAACAGCAUUGACUGGUCCAACAAAUGAUCACACUACCGGCACCAAUGGGACUUUCUUAUACACCAAAGGAAUUAUCACUGGCUUGACAAGAGUGGUCUCUCGGUUAAUUAGCCCCAUUUAUAACCAGGCUGGGAAGACAUGCAAUUUUACGUUCUGGUAUAAUGUUCAUGGCAGAGAGUUUGUCAACAUCAACAUCUACCUGAAACGGGGAGUGUCAGAAGACCUUUUGGCGCAGAUUGGAGGCGGAAAUUUCUUCAGCAAUCCAGACACUUGGAAACAAGGGACAGCAAGUCUCCCAGUUUGCAGCUCAUCAUUCCAGAUCAUUGUUGAGACAUCUUCAUUAGGUUCGUACCAGUUACCACCGGGUUUUGUUGCCAUUGAUGACCUGCAGUUUCAGAGCUGUGAGUAUUCUGCUCCGCCCUCCAGCUGCCUACUGGGCCAGUUUGCCUGUAGCAGUGGCCAUUGCGUUGAUCUCAUCCAGAAAUGUGACUUCCAAACGGACUGUUGUGACGGCUCAGACGAGAACAAAGAUACAUGCACAGGGUAUAAUAUGUGUGACUUUGAAUACAGUCUGUGUGGAUGGCAACAACUUCAUAGCGACGCACUAGACUGGACGAGACAUCAAGGACCAACAAGCACUAUUAACACAGGACCACCUGCUGAUCACACCACAGGUUCACCUUCUGGAUACUAUCUCUACAUUGAAUCCUCAAUACAACACAGUCCUGGUGAUGCAGCGAGACUUACGUUCAGUCUUCCUGUACCAACAGGGGAUUGCGCUAUCAGAUUCUGGUAUUACAUGUACGGUACUGACAUAGGCUCACUGAAUGUCUAUCAGAACUCACUGGAUACUGGAACAGUGCUCAAAUCUAAUAUCAAUGGUACCCAAGGACAAAAGUGGACCAUGCUCUCAGUCAGUCUGGAUUCAACUGUUCCGUAUACCAUCAUUAUAGAAGGGGUCAUAGGUCAAGGUUACCAUGGUGACAUUGCUAUCGACGACAUCUCCCUUACCCCAGGCUGUGGGGCACCAACGUCCCCUGCCCCAAUGUUAACUUACCCCACACUGUCACCACUACCAAACUCGACUCCUGUGCCAUGCCCAGUUGGUCAGUACACUUGUGCCAGUGGCCAAUGCAUCAACGCAUCACUAGCGUGCAAUGCCAGAAACGACUGCGCUGACAUGUCUGAUGAAACUCGCUGUGCCCAGCCAUGCUCUUUUGAAACUGACUCUUGUGGUUGGAUGGAAUCAAUGACAGAUGGGUUUGAUUGGAUAAGAUCCAGCGCUGCUCAAGCUGCGAUCUCUGGAAAAUCUGCAAUGGCUCCACCUGUGGACAAUACCCGUGUCAAUCAGAACGGCUACUUCAUGUAUGUCAUGGACAGCACCAAUGGUAAUACACAGACUAGGGUGGCCCAGCUAGUUUCACCCACUUUGUACUCAGCCAAUCAGUACUGCAAGAUGCAGUUUUCUUACUAUCUCAAUGGCCAAGAUAUUGGUCAGCUGAGACUAUCAAUCCAAGAGUCAGGCUCACCCCCCGCUGUGUUGUGGAGAAUAGUUGGAUCAGUUGGUGCUGGAUGGAAGACAGUCACCGUGGAACUCGGCAAGCAUGUUGGCUCGUACAUCAUCAUGUUCACAAAGCUUGCUGGCAAUUACAACGGCCAGACUGCCAUUGACGACAUUCAAUUCCUUGAUUGCGUACCAGCAGUUCCUCAGGCCAGCUGUCCAUCUGGCAUGUUGGUGUGCACAAACAAAGCCUGUGUAGGGAUGGACACACUCUGUGACAUGACCAACGACUGUGGUGACAACUCUGACGAAGACAACUGUGGUAACUACAGGCAGAUGAACUUUGAGGCAGGACUCGGGGAUCUGAGCCAAGGCGUAGAUGGGCAAGAUGAUGACUUUGACUGGAUCACUGUCAAUGCCCCCAGAAAUAUCACCAUGUUCCCUGGGCCACCAUUUGAUCACACGUAUGAAACAAAUCUUGGUAAAUACAUGUACAUUGACUCGACACAGCAUAUUUACAAUAGCAGGGCCUGGCUAGUAGCAGGAACUUUCCCAGCAACACAGACCAACGAUUGCCAGAUAAGGUUGUACCUGUUCAUGUACGGAGCAAACGCUAACACAUUCAGCAUCUACUACAGACUUUACAACUCUGGACCGCCAACAAAAUCUGUAUACUCUGUGCAGGGUGAACAAGGGCCAUAUUGGCAAAGAAUAAGCAUUCCAUUGAUUAUUUCUCAGCCUUUCCAGAUCAUCAUUGAAGCCUUGGCAGGAAAUGCGGGUCUGGGUGGGUUUGCUAUUGACGAUGUGUCCUUCACAAAGGAAUGUGGGACUCCCACACCCACGCAACUGCCUACCCCACCCACCACCAUCUCAACUCAACCCACAACCGCACAACAGAGUGUUGGAAACUGCACUACGUCUCAGUUCUCGUGUGGAAAUACCUGCCUUGACCUUAGUCGACAGUGUGACUUCAAACCUGAUUGUCCAGAUCAGAGCGAUGAACUGCACUGCGUUAAGUCACGGUGUACGUUUGAUAACGGAGACACCUGUGGUUGGACAAUAAACAGUGGUCAAGCACCCCGUCCCGAACAGUCCUUUGCUUGGCAGAUAAACCAGGCGGCUUUGUUUGGCAACAAUCAAUACAGCCCGAAAACUGAUCACAGUCAGAGCAUGAAUACAGGCUGGUAUGCAUUUGCAACAAGCUCUCGAGGUUCCUUCAAAGACACGACUGAGCUGUACACAUCAACAAUUGGAGCCACAGGACCGCAAUGCAGUCUCAAGUUCUUCUACUACAUGAACGGACCUGGGGUGGAUUCCCUCAUCGUUUACGCCACAGUGAACGGAAUCAAAACACAACUGUUCAUGGUGACAGGCAGUAGCGCACCAAUCUGGCAGGCGGCCUUGAUAUUUGUAGGACCCAAAAAUGGUUUGGUGUUGACGAUCCAGGCUCGCAGGGGCAUGAAUUACCAAGGCGGUAUAGCGGUGGACGACCUGCAGUUUGUUGACUGUCAGCCUCCAUUUGUCCAGUUGUCAUGCCGACCUGAUCAGUUUACCUGCACCAACAAGUACUGCAUUGAUCCCCAGCUGCAGUGUAAUUUUGCUGACGACUGUGGUGAUGGCAGCGAUGAACUGGCAACCUAUUGCGAUUCUAACUACCAAGGCCGCUGUGAUUUCUCAUUUGGAAUCUGUUUCUUAUGGAGAAAUGAUGUUGACGAUGAUUUUGAUUGGACGCUCGCCAAAGGCUCCACCCCCACUCUUGGAACUGGACCUAGUGUGGAUCACACUACUCGCACACAGCAAGGUGGAUACCUUCUCUUGGACAAUGGCCCUCCACAAGGUGCGGCCAGGCUUUCUUCAAUGACAAUUAAGGGCACCUCAACGAACUGUGUGUUGCGGCUAUGGUAUCAUAUGUGGGGUCAAGAGGUAGGACAUCUGACAGUCUUGAAAAGGUUUGACUAUGAACCAACUGGAUUGAUGCCCAUAACGGACCUUGCCGGGGACCAUGGCAAUGACUGGAUGCUGGGAACAUACGUGUUGGACUCGCCAGUUGAUACCAGAAAUUACCAGAUUGUGAUACAAGGCAGUGUCGGCACAGGAAUCCACAAUGAUAUCGGUCUUGAUGACAUCUCACUGACUCCGGGCUGUGAGAGGGCUAACCCUGACUCGCUCCCAGGCGCGCCUACAACCGCCGCCACCACGAUCGGGAAAUGUGGAGCGGGCAAAUUCACCUGCAACAAUCAGCGCUGCUAUGCCUUAACACAGCGUUGUGAUUUUGUUGAUGACUGUGGCGAUAAUACUGACGAAAUGUCCUGCGGCACGAGCUGUGACUUUGAAAGGAAUCCACCAAACUCCAACAUGUGCGGCUGGAGGAACACAGCCCGAGACAACUCUGACUUCUCAGUAACCACGGCAACUGGGUCACCUGGUCCCCAGACAGACCACACCAGUGGCAGCAGAAAUGGUCAUUACUUGAUUGUUCAGAAUGGUCAGACCUCAGUGACAGGUGACACGGCCAUUCUCGAGUCCGACAUCUACUACAUGUCCUCUCCAGCCUGCUCUCUCACAUUCUGGUACAACACCAACGGGGCUACGGGAACUAUUAUAAGAGUUCUUGUGAAACAAAACACUGGGCUUAUGGACUCUGUAUUCAUGGUAACGGCUGAUAACUCCAACCAAUGGAAGCAAGCCGUCGUGAAGAUAGGGGCCUACAGCACAAUGGCCUUCCAGCUUCUUGUCAUCUUCCCAAGCAAUGCUGCCGGACAAGCAGUCGCCAUUGACGACAUUAGCUUUAUGAGUUGCGCACCAGUGACGCUGGUAGACUCUUGCCCGACUAACCAAUGGCUAUGUGCAAGCCAUACCAUGUGCAUUCCUCGCAACAAACGCUGUGACCUCCAGGCGGACUGCCUUGAUGGCUCGGAUGAAUCAAACUGCAUACCAAACAUUGGCGACUGUAAUUUUGAUGACCCUAACUGGCUGAGUGUGUGCAACUGGGCCCAAUCUACGAGUGAUGAUGCUGAUUGGAUGCGUGCCAACACCCGGGUUAACCAGUUCACCGGACCACUUGCAGACCACAGGGGAGCUGUAAAUGGCUACUUCCUGCUGAUGGACAGCUCCGCAAUGGAGAGUUCAGACAUCAUGGAUAUUCAGACGCCCACAUUCCCUAGCAGUUUUGGCCUGUGCAGCAUACGCUUCUACUACUACAUGUUUGGCUCACAAAAUAUUGGACCUCUAAGGAUUUACACGCUCAACAGCGAUAAUGAAAAGAAUCUUGUCUGGUCAGUAAGUGGGGAUAAAGGUGAAAACUGGAAUUAUGCCAAUGUGUUGCUAGGCAACAAUAAAAAUUUUAGUGUGAUCUUUGAGGCCCAGAGGGGUGACCAGGGGACUUCCGAUAUCGCUAUUGAUGAUGUAACGUUCACACCAGAAUGUGCAUAUGGUGUUGUACCAGUGCAACCCACCAUACCCAUAUGUAACCCUCAAGUGGAAUUUUUCUGCGUUCCUCGCAACGAUUGCCUGCCAAACUCUUGGAUGUGCGACGGCACACUUGAUUGUUCAGAUGGAACUGACGAACCUGCUUCCUGCCCUACGACAACCUUGAACCCACCAAUUACUCCAGCUUCCGGUCAGACGCUUCCCUCCACGUCUCAAGGACCAACAAAUCCACCCAAGACAAAGCCACCAACCACAACUCCUGUGAACGUUGCGACCCCGCCAGCGACCAGCAACUGUGCGCGUGGGCUCUUCCAGUGCGGCAGCUCUGAAUGUAUCCCAGGCCUACUGCAGUGUGACAAUGUCACCGACUGCCUGGACGGUACAGACGAGGUCAACUGUAAAGCGGCCUGUCGUCCAGACUUUGUGUACUGUCGCAAACUGGGCUACUGUAUCAUCAACAAGACUCGGUGCGAUAACGCAGACGAUUGUGGUGACGGGUCAGAUGAAGUCAUGUGCAGCGCAGGAUGUCGACAAAACUUCUGCCAGAAUGGCGGCUCCUGUAGCGUGGGAAGUGCCCCACCUGUGUGUGCUUGCCCCACUGGCUUUAUAGGGACCAGGUGUCAGUACCCAGCCCCUAACUCUCUGAGAAGUACAGGAGGCCAGAACAAUAGCUCAGGCGGCUGGAAGGUGGGUGUUGGAGCCACAUUUGGAGUUGUGUUGCUGAUUGUACUUGUUGUGGGAGCAUUCUUCCUCAUGAAGAAAUACAGACCUGACAUCAGUCUUCCCAACCUGCCAUCCCUCAGACGAUCCCGUGCUGCAAAUGGCGGCCUUAGCAAUCCAGUGUAUGAAGGCUACGGCUCAGAGGAACACACAGAUUUCCACAUGGAUCCAAUCGACUCAGGCUUUCCAAACAACUCAGGCUUUGAUUCAACAUCCAUAGAAAACCCACUCUACACAGAGGCCUGAACGUCCACUGAGCUUCACAACAGGCGCUAAGAAAGAAUAAAUAUAUACGAGGACAACCAUUAUCACAAAACAUCUUUUAUGAACUUAGAAACUUUUGUGCAGCCCCUUUGGCAUGGAGCAUCUUUGUUUUACUAAAACAUUACUUUAAUACAGAAUGCGAACCCAGCUUUUUGAAAAACUAUUUUAUAAACAACAAUUGAAAAAUUAAUAAAUGAUGUAUAUCUAAUGUGCAUGGUUUUUAACUACUUUUGUUAUUAUUGUUAUAGUGUAGUUCCUGUACAAGAACCAGAAAUAAUUGUGCAAUACAGUGUAUGAUAAUUUCUGAUCAAAUACAUGUGUAAUUAUAUAUGAUUUACUUAAUGUUUAUAUAUAACCAAAUAUGUUAUUGUUUUUGAUAAUUAUGUUAAAAUUAUACAUGUUACGAUUUUUUGUUGUGAAAUGAGAAAUAAAUACAAAUCAAAGCAUA